GCACUUCCAGUUCCCUCCACAUCAAUAUCCGAACCAAAUUCUCCUCUCCCAUUCUUUCCCUCGUUUUCUGUUCUCUUUCUCUCUCCCGCUUUUUUAAUUUCCUACUAUCCAAACACCUAGAUCUCAAUUCUCACCCAAUUCAUUUCAAUCCUCUCGGAGCUCCGUCGCCGGCAGGUCAUGUCCGGCACCCGAGCUCCUCCCGCCGCCGCAUCUCCCUCCAGUCCACCCGACCAGAUCAUGAAACGGCAACCGCCGUUUUCAUCCUUGAAACCUCCUUUUGUAGCUUCCGGAGAUUACCACCGGUUCAACCCUGACCACCGGAGAAAUCUCGACCAGGAAACUGAAGCUAUCGUCGUUAAGACUCCUCAAUUGAAGCGGAAAAGUGAAGCAGCUGGUUUUGAAGCUGAUUCAGGUGUUAGGAUGACUCCUGGAUCCACUGAACCAGCCAAUAGUCCUUCUCAGACGCCUGUAUCUGGAAAGAUGGGGAAGGGAGGCAAAUCCUCUAGGAUGACAAAAUGCAACAGAUCUGGAACUCAAACCCCAGGCCCAAAUAUUGGUUCUCCUUCGGGAAAUAAUCUCACUCCUGCUGGUCCAUGUCGAUAUGACAGCUCUUUAGGUCUGUUAACAAAAAAAUUCAUCAAUUUAAUCAAACAAGCAGAGGAUGGUAUUCUUGAUCUAAAUAAAGCUGCUGACACAUUAGAGGUGCAAAAGAGGAGGAUAUAUGAUAUAACAAAUGUUCUUGAAGGGAUUGGCCUUAUAGAGAAAAAGCUCAAGAACAGAAUUCAGUGGAAGGGCCUGGAUGUUUCAAAACCAGGGGAAGCUGAUGAUAGUUUUGCUAGUUUACAGGCAGAAAUUGAAAAUUUAACGAUGGAGGAACGCCGGUUAGAUGAACAAAUAAGGGAGAUGCAAGAAAGACUACGGGAUCUUAGCGAAGAUGAAAAUAAUGAGAAGUUGCUUUUUGUUACUGAGGAGGAUAUAAAGAACUUGCCCUGCUUCCAGAAUGAAACCUUGAUAGCAAUUAAAGCUCCACAUGGAACCACUUUGGAAGUCCCUGAUCCUGAUGAGGCCGCUGAUUAUCCGCAGAGGAGAUACAGGAUAGUCCUGAGAAGCACAAUGGGCCCAAUAGAUGUUUACCUUGUUAGCCAAUUUGAAGAGAAGUUUGAGGAGAUUAACGGUGUUGAGGUUGCACCCAAAAUUCCAUCUAAUCCAGAAGUUAGCCAGCAUCCGUCACCUGUAGUCCCAGAAGACAAAGACAAAGGGAAGGAAAUAGAAGUGCAGAGACAAGACGGUGAAGGGCCUAGUUCAGAUCUUACCAACAAUCACGACUUCGUUAGUGGGAUCAUGAAGAUUGUCCCUUCAGAUGUUGCGAGUGAUGCCGAUUACUGGCUUUUAUCAGAUGCCGAUGUUAGCAUAACCGACAUGUGGAGAACAGAACCCGGAGUUGAAUGGAAUGAACUCAACGCACUUCAAGAAGAUUAUUGUAUGGCUCGAGUGGACAAUACAACCCCAAAUCAUCCUCCGAACACAGGUGACGAGUCUUCUGCAGCCAACCCUACUGUAGGUUGAAGCCUUGAAAGCAUUAAUUGUGAAUCUAAAGUGAAAAUGAUGUUCUUUCUCCAACUGAGAACCUAUGACAUCCAGCCAUCUCCCUGUUGUAUCCUCUUCAACAUAGUCCCAGAGGUUGGAUUGAAGGUUCCUAGAAGCUCAUCCAAAGGAACUUAAUGGCCAGUCAAAUGGCUAAUUGUACAGUUAGUAUUAGGCAAUCCAUGCAACUUUGCACUUCAAGAGGAAAAAACCUAUGGCUUUGGUGAACCCAUCUUUUGUAUAUUAUUGUAAGUCCCGGUUUUCUAGUGCAGCUAACUCUACUAGCUCAAUGUGUGUUUGCAAAGAAAUAAAACAACACAUUACAUAUUGUUAACUGAGAUAGAAUAAUGCUCUCAAGCAAUGCGCAUUUCUCAGCUAACUGUUGGUCAAAUAAUAAGUUUCAUAUGAGAUUCUAUGAUCCUUAUGUUUCUUUGAAA